AUUGAAGAUUAGAAUAGACACUUUCUCUGAAAGGUUGUAUUUAGUGCAGGUCUGCUUGUACCCUUAUCGCAUUCCGAAAUCUGUUCCUCUCUCUAGAUUCUUUGAGCUCCUGUUCACAUUACAUAUUCAAGUUCUGAUUCUAGAAAUAUUUGAAGUUGAUCAAGCUCUUUGACGCCUUGUUCUUGAAAAGAUUAGGUUUAGUGUUGUUGUUUGGUUGAAGAAAUGGCACAAGUUGUGGAAGAAUGGUACAAGCAGAUGCCUGUCAUAACUCGUUCUUAUCUUACAGCUGCAGUUCUUACCACCGUUGGUUGCUCACUUGAGAUCAUUUCACCAUACAACUUGUAUCUGAACCCGAGGCUUGUGAUUAAGCAAUACCAAAUCUGGAGGCUUAUCACUAAUUUCCUCUAUUUUCGGAAAAUGGAUUUGGACUUCCUUUUUCACAUGUUCUUUCUCGCUCGAUACUGCAAGCUUCUUGAAGAAAAUUCUUUCAGGGGAAGGACUGCAGAUUUCUUCUAUAUGCUCUUAUUUGGUGCUACUAUCUUAACCGGCAUCGUACUUGUUGGAGGGAUGAUACCUUACGUGUCUGAAUCUUUUGCCAAAAUCAUCUUUCUCAGCAAUUCAUUGACGUUUAUGAUGGUUUAUGUUUGGAGCAAGAGAAAUCCAUUUAUUCAUAUGAGCUUCUUGGGUCUCUUUACUUUUACAGCGGCUUACUUACCAUGGGUUUUGUUGGGCUUCUCUGUUCUUGUUGGUGCAAGUGCUUGGGCAGAUCUACUUGGAAUGGUAGCAGGUCAUGCCUAUUACUUUCUUGAAGAUGUGUAUCCGAGAAUGAGCGGGCGACGCCCUUUAAAAACCCCAUCGUUUAUCAAGUCGCUUUUUGGUACUGAACCUGUGGUUGUGGCACGCCCUGGGGAUGUGAUAUUUGCAGCCCCACCAAUGGAUGAAAUGAGACGAUGAGCCAGAUACUAUGUGGAGUAAUUUGAGCCUGUAAAGACAUGUGAAAAUGUAUGCUAGAUUUUAUGAUUAAAGACAUUGAUUUCUGUAAAGGAUUGCUGACGCAUUUUUUAUUUACAUUUUAUCCUCUUGAGGUAGGAAUGAGAAUAUACAUAACUUUUACUUAUGUAUAGAAGGUUAUAUUAUAU